AUGUCCAGUCCUGUCAAAUAUUUCUACAAAGGUGAGGAAACCGAUCUGCUGGUUUUCGUUUCUUCGGUGGAAGAGGUGCAAGAGUAUUUGAAAGACAAGUCUAUCGGCAAAUUGUCGCAAGUCGUCGAGGUUUUCAAGGUCUUCACCAACAACGCAGGCGAAGGUGCGGAGGGUGAACUUGGUGAGGCCUCGAAGUCGCAGCUGGCCAACGAAUUCGGCAAGGGUAAGAAAAUCGAGGAAGUUAUCGCCAUUAUCCUUGAAAAAGGUGAGCCAAAUGCCACAGUUGAAUCCAUUUAA